UUCACGGUGAGCGGAAGCAAAGAUGGCGGUGUUUCUGUAACGCAGGGCGGCUAAUGAGCAACGUCAACACGCAAAGAUAAUAGAUAACGCACUUCAUAGCUUUGGAUAUUAUAUCGCUGACGAUAUAUGUGUGUAUAUUUACUGUUGUUAAAGUGUAGCUGUUUGUAAGACGUCGUGUCGAUAAUGACAGAGCAAUAACAACACAGCAGCUAAACACAGGCAGCUAAUGCAGGCAGCUUGGUGUUCUGUAGCCCAGAUUUCUGUUCCUCUGGGGUUCUGAUAUGUCUCUCAGGUAGUUUAGUCAGGUGUAAAUCUUCUCCUUUUGCGUUGCAAUGGCGUCCGCCGAAGACGUCCGAGCACUCGACAACCUCUCAGUGAGCUCACUUCUGUCUGGGGAGCUGGAGGAUGGGAAAGAGGGUGAGGACGAUGAGUUGGGUGACCUGGAAGUGAACCCUUAUGAUGGAUUACCCUUCUCAUCACGUUAUUACUCCCUACUGGAGGAACGGCGGACUCUGCCCAUCUGGGGAGUGAAGUACAACUUGCUGGAGCUGCUGGAGACACACAGCAUGGUGGUGUUGAGUGGAGAGGCUGGCAUGGGCAAGAGCACACAAGUCCCUCAGUGGUGUGUGGAGUACGCGCUCUCUCUGCAGUUUACUCAGGGUCUGGUUUGCUGCUGUCAGCCGUACUCAGCAGCAGCAUGCAGCUUGGCCAUUCAUGUAGCUGAUGAAAUGGACCUGAGUCUGGGCCUUGAAGUUGGUUACAGGGUCCCUCAUGAUGACGGCUGCACAUCAGACACUUUACUACGAUUUGUCACAGAUGCACUGCUGCUGGAGGAGAUGAUGUCAGACCCCCUGUUGCGGCGCUACGGCGUGCUGGUGGUGGACGAGGUGCAGGAGCGCACAGUAGCCAGCGACGUGCUCCUGGGCCUGCUGCGUGAUGUGUGCCGGCAGCGUACAGAGCUUCGUGUGGUGGUUCUUGCUACGCCCCCUGUGGCCGAUAUCGUCGCAGAUUUCUUGGGCGAAGAAGUACCUCAUCUCAAAGUUCCUCCUGCGUUGGAUCGGACUGCUUCAGAAACGCUAUACAGAGAUCAAACGGCUGGCAGAGACCCGGCCACGGCCGCAUGCCACAUGGUGCUGGAUCUUCACCGACGAGGAGAGGAAGGAGAUAUACUAGUUUUCCUGCCCAGUGCACAGGAAAUCGGUGAUUGUGCGACUCUGUUGGAGAAGGAGUGUGUAGCUCUGAGCCCACAGCUGGGCGCCUUACGGGUCGUGCCGCUCCACACAGGCCUCGGCGCAGACGCUCGGCACGUUUACACAGCAGACGGUGAUGACAGCCAAGCCGAAACAAAAGAAGAAAAGAAAUCCGGGCCGUGUAUAAGACGCAGGGUGGUACUUUCAGACGCUCUGGGAGAAGCCUCGUUCUCUUUGCCUAACAUUCGUUACGUCAUCGAUACAGGAGUUGAACUGAAAACUGUGUACAGUCCACAGAUUCGAGCUGACUCCCAGGUUCAGCGGCCGAUCAGCAAGCACCAGGCAGACGGCCGCGCUCAGAAAGUGAACAGCUCGCUGCCGGGAGCGUGUUUUCGUCUGUACCCCCAAUCCCUGUAUGAGGAGGGAAUGCCUGAAGCUCGGUGUCCUGGAGUAGCCGAGGCGAAUCUCAGCCACCUGGUCCUGUUUCUUAAAAGACUGGAUAUCGCCGAUAUGGGCCAGUGCAAGUUCCUGGACCGGCCAGCUCCAGAAGCUCUGAUGCAGGCUCUUGAGGACUUGGAUUACCUUGCUGCUCUGGAUGAUGACGGGAACCUAUCAGAGGUGGGCAUCAUCAUGUCUGAGCUCCCUCUGGAACCACCGCUGGCCAGAGCCCUUAUCGCAGCCUGCGAGUUUGACUGCGUUAGUGAAAUUCUGACCAUCGCUGCAAUGCUAACCGCUCCUUCAUGCUUUGCGAUUCCUCCACCCAAUAAAGAAGAAGCAGCAUUAACUCAUAGACGCCCCCUUUUGCACCCAGACGGAGACCAUCUGACCCUCAUUAACAUCUACAAUGCCUACGUACAGCACAACGAGGACGAAGCCUGGUGCAACACUAACUUCCUGAACGCCUCUGCAUUGCGAUUGGCUGUGGCUAUAAGGGCGGAGCUCCUCGAGGUGAUGCAGCGAAUUGAAUUGCCCGUUUCUCCGCCUGCCUUCGGCUGCCAAGACAACACUACCAAUAUAAAGCGGGCGCUCAUCUCUGGGUUCUUCCUUAAGGUUGCUCACGAUGUAGACGGGGCAGGGAACUAUUUACUGCUGACUCACCGGCAUGUGGCUCACCUGCACCCUUUCUCUUCAUACCUGAGCCGCCGGCCACGUCCCAAUCCUCCCAGCUGGGUCCUCUAUCAUGACUUCACGAUCUCACACGACAACUGCAUCCGCAUCGUCUCUGAAGUUCAUCCACACAUGUUGGUGGAAGUAGCCCCUCAGUACUAUUUGGAGAAUCUUCCUCCCAGCGAAGGCAGGGACUUAUUAAUGGAGAUCAGACAGUGUGUUUUUCCGCCAGAAGAACAAGAGAACGAAGACGGUGAAGACGAAGCACACGGACAGCAAUCAGGAGAACAUCGAGACCAGUACAGUACAGAGAUGUGUGUGCUUCAGUGAGGCACUUCCUGAAUUUCCCAUUAUCUUAUUAUAAAUGAACAGUUUUCACAGCACAGAAUCUGGAAAAAUUCAGUUUUACUUAGUUUUUGCUAUAAUGUGCUCGCUUUAGUACCGACAAGCUCAUACGAUGCCGUUAGGAUCCUGCUUACGCAGGAAAAACAACAGAAUAUAGACAGACAUUUAAAUACUGGAAAAAUGUUAAGCAAUAAUGAGCAUGAUGUCCAGACUUCAUACAAUUAGAACUUGUAAUAUUUAGCAUUUUUCUAACUUCAGACAUCAUUUACUGAGAUAUUUUAAUCCAGGCUGCAUGUUUUGAACUCGGUUGUCUGUUGUGAAUAGAAGAAACUCAAGUCCAUCCCUUGCUCUCUUUUCAUGGAUGUAUAUAGUGUUUUAAGUAGAAUAAUAAUUCAGGGUUAUAUGAGCCUCGAGAACAGACUUGAAAUUGAUCUCUGGAUUUUUCUCAGGGUUGUUUUCACAAACCCUUAUUUUGCUUGUACGAUGUGUUUUCUACUAUUUAGUCUUUGUUUUUUGUUUUUCUGAACAAACUUUUGGCUACUUCUAUUAAUUUAAAUUCUGAGGUUUUCUGAACAAACUUUUGGCUACUUCUAUUAAUUUAAAAAGGUUGUGUGUGUAAAUUACUCAUGUAAAUACUUUUUUUCUCUCAUAACACUAAUAGAGCACAACAGAAACCUGUAUUUUGUCUUUGCAAUCAAAGUUUAAGGAAAUUUUAGUUAGACUCAGCAUCACAUUAUUGUCUAAAUAAUUAUCCUAUAGGCUUGAAUAAACAAAGCUGUUUUUUUUUUCCCUCUA